AUGGCCACCUCUGCUUUCCAGCAAUCAGCAUUCGCUGGUCAAACUGCUCUGAAGCAGGUGAAUGAGUUCGUCCGCAAGACCGGUGGCUCCGGCAGAGGUCGCACUAACAUGCGCCGUACCGUCAAGAGUGCUCCUCAGAGCAUUUGGUAUGGCCCUGACCGUCCCAAGUACUUGGGUCCAUUCUCUGACCAGAUUCCAUCAUACCUGACUGGUGAAUUCCCUGGUGACUACGGAUGGGACACAGCUGGAUUGUCAGCUGAUCCUGAGACCUUUGCCAGGAACCGUGAGUUGGAGGUGAUUCACAGCAGAUGGGCCAUGCUUGGUGCUCUAGGAUGCACCUUCCCAGAGAUCCUUGAGAAGAAUGGUGUGAAAUUCGGUGAGGCUGUGUGGUUCAAGGCUGGUGCACAGAUCUUCUCUGAGGGUGGGCUUGACUAUUUGGGGAACCCAAACCUGAUCCAUGCUCAGAGCAUCCUUGCCAUCUGGGCUGUUCAGGUUGUGCUCAUGGGGUUUGUUGAAGGAUACAGAGUUGGUGGAGGACCUCUUGGUGAAGGCCUAGACCCUAUCUACCCUGGUGGUGCCUUUGACCCUCUUGGUCUUGCUGAUGACCCUGAUGCAUUUGCUGAGUUGAAGGUAAAGGAACUCAAGAAUGGUCGGUUGGCUAUGUUCUCCAUGUUUGGUUUCUUUGUUCAGGCCAUUGUCACUGGCAAGGGCCCUAUUCAGAACCUUUUCGACCAUGUUGCUGAUCCUGUAGCCAACAAUGCUUGGGCUUAUGCCACCAACUUUGUCCCUGGACAAUAA